AAAAAAAAAAAAAAAAAAAAAAAAAGAGAAAAAAGUUUGGGAAUGAUGUCCGAAAUCAACGGGAAUGCGGUAUGCGACAGCUGCUCACCUUUGCCGUCGGAGCUCAACAGCACCAGCAGCUCGCCGUACGGGAGUGACGAUGAACUGCUGAGGUACAUCUGGAGAGAAUAUCUGCACCCGAAGCAGUACGAGUGGGUACUCAUCGCGGGCUACAUCACCGUCUUCUUCGUUUCUCUGGUUGGAAAUGCGCUUGUUUGCACCGCAGUAUGGAAAAACCAUCACAUGCGAACAGUGACCAACUACUUCAUUGUGAACCUGUCCUUCGCCGAUAUCCUCGUCACCAUCACCUGCCUUCCCGCCAGCCUCAUCGUGGACAUUACGGAAACCUGGUUUUUUGGAAAAACUCUUUGCAAAAUCCUCCCCUAUUUGCAGACGGUAUCGGUCUCUGUCUCCGUUCUCACCUUGAGCUGCAUUGCCCUGGACAGGUGGUACGCCAUUUGCCAUCCCUUGAUGUUUAAAAGCACAGCGAAACGGGCAAGGAAAAGCAUCGUGAUUAUCUGGAUCGUGUCCUGCUUCAUAAUGAUCCCUCAAGCCAUAGUGAUGGAAUGCAGAGGCAUGGUGCCGGAGCUGACAAACAAGACGCUUUUAUUCACCGUGUGCGACGAGCACUGGGGAGCUGCCGUGUACCCUAAAGUGUACCACAUCUGCUUUUUCAUUGUUACGUACCUGGCCCCUUUGUGUUUGAUGGUGCUGGCAUAUAUCCAGAUCUUUCACAAGCUGUGGUGCCGACAGAUUCCUGGCACCUCCUCAGUUAUCCAGAAGAAGUGGAAGCCGCUACAGUGCUCAGCACAGCCGCCGGCACCCGGCGAGCCGUUAAAGGUGAAGACCAAUGCCGUCGCAGCAGAAAUUAAACAGAUUCGCACCAGGAGGAAAACGGCCCGAAUGCUCGUGGUGGUCCUCGUUGUCUUUGCGGUUUGCUAUUUGCCAAUCAGCAUCCUCAAUAUUCUAAAAAGGGUCUUUGGCGCCUUUGACAACACAGAUGACCGAGAGAGUGUUUACGCCUGGUUUACAUUUUCACACUGGCUCGUGUACGCCAACAGCGCCGCAAACCCAAUUAUCUAUAAUUUUCUCAGUGGCAAGUUUAGAGAAGAAUUUAAAACGGCCUUUUCUUCUUGCUGCUUCACCAUGAAGCACAGGAGCACAGAGCAUCAGAGCAGAGGACGAGUGAGCACCGAAAGCCGCAAAUCGCUCACCACACAAGUCUGCAAUUUUGACCACAUGUCCAAAACGUCUGAGCAGGUCAUUCUGACGAGUGCCACCCCACUGAGGUCGAGCGUAUACAGAGAGCAGCCCAGCUGGACUUGAAGGCACAAAGAACAAAGAUGGUGGCUCCUCUGACACUUUUGUCUUGUUUUAGACAGAAAUAACACAUUAAGUUGCCCUGUUUUGUAAUUUAAAAAGUAACGAAUUUCAAGAAACUGAUUUCAUGCGACUUGCACUUUUUGCUUUGUGUAUCUAAUUUCCUCCAUUCGCUACACCGAAUAGCAAUGGUGAACGUCGAGGAAUUCCAAUGCAUCAGUGACUUUGACCUGCUGCUUUGUUCUGCCGAAGUUCUCCUACGUGUUUUUAAGGUAACGAAGUCCGCCUCGAGAUCCUGACCCAGCCCGCCAUUUGGAUUGUGUGGAGUCAGAAGUUCAUUUCUGGUGCCUACAGACUCCCGGAUUCAGCCUUUCGCAGAUCUGGUAGACUGUGACAUUCAUAUCAUGGCUGAAGUCUUCUACACUCUGACUGUGUGCUUUCUGUAAUUUGUCUACUUGACUCGAUUUGAAUAUUUAAUGUGGGGAUGAAUUUGUAUGCAAUGCAUAGGUUUUCAAAUAAUAAA